AUGGCAGAUAGACUCUUGUACACCGGUGCCACCGGCUUUGUAGGCGGCACCGUCCUGUCCCAGCUGCUCAACACCUCCAACCCGCAGAUCAAGGGCUUGUCCAUCACGGCGCUGGUCCGCAAGCAGGAGCAGGCGGACCUGCUGAAGCAAAAGGGCGUCGACGCCGUCGUCUUCCGGGGGCUGGACGACUCCGAGUUCCUGAGAAAGACGGCGAGCGAGUAUGACUACGUGAUCCACACGCCCACCGGCUUCCACACCGCCUCGGCGGUCGCUCUCAUCGAGGGGCUCGCGGAACGCAAGAGGCAGACGGGCAGGGACGUCUACUUCAUCCACACAUCCGGAACGUCUAACCUCGCAGAGAGAGCCAUCACCAAGGAGACGACGCCGGGCCCGGUCCACGAGUGGUCCGACAAGGAAGACGUCUUCGAGUUCGAGGAGCGGAAGGAGGCGGAAGAGGCCUACGGCCAGCGCACGACGGACGUCGCCGUCGUGAAGACGGGCGAGCGCACCGGCGUCAAGACGUACAUCAUGAUGCCGCCGACCAUCUACGGCCGCGGGACGGGCUUCUUCAACCAGGGGUCUAUGCAGAUCCCGAGCGUCAUCCGGGCGGCCGUCAAAGCCGGGGUGCCCGCGUACGUGGGCGACGGCACGGCGCGCCUGGGCCACGUCCACGUCACGGACCUCGCCCUGCUGUACGAGCUCGUCUUCGGCAAGGUCCUGGCCGGCGAGGAGAUCCCCUCGGGCCGGAGGGGCAUCUACUUCUCCAACACGGGCAGCCACAACUGGCGGGACAUCGCGGGACACGUCGGCAGGGCCGGCGUCGCUCUCGGCGCGCUGAAGGCGGCCGAGCCGAGGUCCGUGUCGCUGGACGAGGUUGCCGCGAAGUGGCUGAAGGCGCCGCCGCAGGUUGCCGAGAUGAAUUACGCGGCAAACUCUGCCACCAAGCCCGUUCUCGCAACCGAGCUCGGGUGGAAGCCCAGGAAGACGGAAAAGGACUGGGAGGAGUCGUUCCUCGAGGCGUUCCAGAUGGUGCUAGACGAGCAAAAGUAG